UCUCAUACAAAUUAGUAGUGUUUUAUUAUUCACGAACAGCCUGUAUAUAAGUGUAAUGAGUGUGUAGGUUUAAUAGGGACGUUUGUGUGUAUAAGAUAUCCCUGGCAGCUAACUCUAGAACGAUUUGUGUGCUGCCACUGACGCCUUAACAUCUGGUCAUUAAGGAAGACGCCAUUACAAUUAUCGCUAACUAAUUAUAAUAUGAAUGAAAAGUGUCAAAAUUUAUGAAACACGUCAUUAGGGCGGUUAUAAAUUUAAAAGAACGUCAAACUAACCAAGUAUUUGAUUGACAGUCGGCAAAGAAAUGGGUCGGAGAAGCUGUUAUGGAGUUUUCCUAGUGAUAUCACUGUUCGCAAACGCGGUCUGCCUGCCGAUGUACGCCGUGCGGCCGAGACGGCAAUCUGACACAAACACAACUACAUCGGAGGUGUCUAUAAGUAAAAACAAUGAUAUAACGUAUCCGCCGUCGCCGACCAAUGACGACGACGACUCUGAUUUUGACACCUCGUCCCAGCCAUCGUCGGGAGGCGGCAGUAGUAUAUCAAGUCUACUCAACCUCCUUGGAGCUUUCUUCCCAGGAUCUAGCAGCUCCGCGACCAAUAAAAUCCAAGAGAUCAUGCAAAAAAUGAUAAAAGAUUUGGAGAAUAUGAAGAGUCUUAAGAAAAUCACGAAACGAGACGUAACAGAUAAUGAAAUAGAUGUGGAUUAUAAAGAGGUCAAAGAGAGACUCGAGGUGGAUGAUGUUGUUAGCGAUUCUGAGAUAUCGAACGAAACGAGCGAAGAAGAUAAUAGGAAUAAUAGUAUGGAAGAUUCGGAUUCUAAUGAGGAUUAUGACGGCUUUCCGGGGGGUGACGGCCAGGGUGGGGGACUGUUGGGACUGCUGGCCGGUCUCAGUGGCGGAGAGGACGGUCAAUCUGAUUUGGGAUCCCUUCUAGGAACUAUAAGCGGAAUCGUCGCAAAUCUCAGUGGCGAUGGAAUCGAUUUGAACAGUCUCAUCGCUUCUGGAUUAGGACUUUUUGUCGGAUUACUGUCUGAGGGCGAAGAAAAUCCGGGGGCGGUUAUAGCGAGCUAUUUACUCACUUCUUUGGACACUAUCACAGGAGGGGGAUCUAAAAAUAAUGGAAAAUUCUUCGGUAUAUUUCUGUCGAAGUUGGUGAAGGGCAUCAGCGCUGCUGUGGACCCUGAGGCGGAUUCUGAUGAAGAGGAUCAGCCGCCCAUGAAGGAUUCCGCGGGAUUUUUCAUCAGCCUCCUGAUGGGUCUCCUAGGAGACAUGUCCAAAGGCAGCUCGGCCUCACACUGACUCACAAUGCAUUAAAAUAAAUAAUUCCUCUUCGCAAUUACCAAAUAAUAAUGAUCGUUAGGAUGAUUUGUAAAAAAAAAGAAGAAUAUACUAGCAAUGUUAUUUUAUUUACGUCCCAUAACAAAAUAUGAACAAAAGGCGGCACAUUCGCCACAACUUAUUGGUAAGACCAGGCGACUGAAUCCUCGCCUCUGAAGGCUUCGCUUGACUGGUUUGGAUCACUUUGUUGGUUUACACCAUGUGCUAUAUACAUGUUAUUGAAUUUUUAAUGUCAUGAACACUUCAGAGUCCCCGCGAGUCCCCUAACAGCCCCGGGGCUCCGACGCCGCCCUCGCCUCUCUGGACCCUGAAGAUGGACAUUCUCCGUGCGCUGCUACAGUUCGGCUCUUCAGUCAUAGGCCUGGCCUCGUCCGCCGUCUUCUCGUCUUCCUCGUCGUUCGGUUAAUGUGCCGUAAUAAAUAUAUUUACAUAACAA